AUGAGCAGCCAGGCACCCUCGGAGAGGACGGAGGCACCGCUGACGAGGAGGGACAUGCAGGGCUUCCUGGCUGACUUCAAACAAUCUGUGGCCGAAGAACUGGACAAACGUAUUUGCCCCAUACUAGAAGGUAUGGCAGACCUGUCAGCCCGUGCACAGGCCGCAGAGGCCAAAAUGGCGGACACAGAGGAGAUCGUGCAGGCCCAUGGCAGUGAAAUACUGCACCUGAGAGAUCAAUUACGCUCCCUCGAAGACACCAACGAAGACCUAAAUAACAGAACACGUAGGAACAAUAUCAGGGUCAGGGGCGUCCCUGAAUCGGUGUCGCCCGACCUACUCACUGACACCCACACGGAGGCAUUUCAACACCUCCUACCGGAGGCUACAACAGCUGACCUACUGAUGGACCGGGCACACCGAGCCCUCAGAGCCCCAAGCACCAACGCUGCCGUACCCAGGGACAUAGUGGUGCGCCUCCACUUCUAUCACAUCAAGGAGCGCAUAAUGCGCGCAGCCAGGGAUACCCCCAUCGAGGUAGAGGGAGCGCCAGUACAACUAUAUCAAGACCUGGCUCCCACCACCUUGAAACGCCGAAGAGAACUACGCCCACUCACACAACACCUAAGCAGCCACGGCCUCCGCUACGCGUGGGGUCACCCUUUCAAAAUAAUUAUACGCAAAGAUGGCAGGUUCCACUCCCUCACAAGACCGGAAGAAAUCCCUGCGCUUCUGACCCAGCUGAACUUACCGCAAAUCCCAGAAACACCUCACUCCAACGCCGAAUCCUCAGCACGACAACCACCGAGCAAUAACCCGCCCGCCAGGACCGGUGACCGUCCCCAUCGCAACACGGCACUGCAGAAUCCAGGCGCAACACGUUAG